AUGUCUGAAGCUGUUCCACAAGGUAAUCCACAAACUGCAUUGGCUGUUGCAUCUUUAUUAAGACAUGAUAAAUUAUUAAAACAAAGACUUGGUCUCUUUCAAUCACGUACAACAGAGUUUUUCCGUUAUAAAAGAUUUGUUAGAGCAUUACAAUCGCCAAAAUAUUUGAAGAAAUCAAAUAAUCAACCAGAUUUAUAUCCAAGUGCAACAAAUGAAUCACAAGCAAGAUUAAUUUUUAUUACUUUAAUUAAGUCACAAAUUGUCAUACCAGUGAAAAAAUUACAUUCAAAUGAAUUAAAAGAAAAUGAUUUAUCUCCAAAUAAAGAUUAUCCACAUCUUUUAAUGUCAAAACAAGCACAAUUAACUCCAGAUGAAUAUUAUGUUUGGAAUUAUAACCCAAAAUCUCUUUGGGAUUAUGCUACUGUCGUAGCUGUCGUUGCAGGUAUCUUAGCUUUAGUUUGUUAUCCUCUAUGGCCUGUCUCUAUGCGUAAAGGUUCCUAUUAUGUUUCAUUAGCCGCUUUAGUAUUCUUAGGUGCAUUUUUCACAAUAGCUAUCAUUAGAUUAAUAUUAUUUUUAACCUCAUUAAUUUUUGUAUCUGGUGGUAAGACUCAAGGUUUUUGGAUCUUCCCUAAUUUAUUCGAAGAUUGUGGUAUCUUAGAAAGUUUUAAACCAUUAUAUGGAUUUGGUGAACAAGAUUCUUAUAGUUAUAUUAAGAAACAGAAAAGAAUGAAGAAAAGACAAGCUAAAAAGGCUAAAUUGAAUGAAAAAAAAUGA